CUGAAAGUGAGAACAGGUGUUCUCAUGGCACCAUUGUAGCCGGCGUCGCAAGAUAUUUACGUGCCAGAUGCGCUAAAGAUUCAUAUGUUCCUUCGUGCUUCAACCAUCAUUCCAGAGAACGUGUCCUUGCUGAUGACGGGCUCUGCUCGAAAACAAUCCAAAGCAGUGUAGACCGACACAUGUUCAUUUUCAUCAUCUGAGUCAGAUGCCACCAGCAGAAGGCUGAUUUUCUUUUUUGGUGGUUUGGGUUCUGUGGUUUCCACAUUGGAGUGUUGCUCUUUUAAGACUUCUGAAAGCAUGUUCCACACCUCAUCCCUCUCAGAUUUUGGACGCCACGACAGAUUUUGCUUCUCUGUCCCCUUCAGAACUGGAGGAACUUGUGGAAAACUGUUGUCCUAAAUCCUUAUCCCAGGUGUGGGGAGUGAGGAAGGUGGGAUGAUCUGUUUAAAAGGAUUCUGGCCUCAUCCCUCCUGAGCCACAUUUCUGGCCUCACUGAGACCAGUGUUAAUCCAGGGUCACUGCAAGGAAGAACAAGGAGUGACUCCAGAUUAACACAUGGAGGCAAAUGAGAUCCGCACUGUCCCUGGGGGGAGUGGUUUCAUUGGUGGCUGUGACCAGGGAGCUCUAGUCAUUACUGAAGGAGGGGGUAGGGGGCUGCUCUCUCCCUCUCUCUGCUCAGGAUAUUUGGGUUGAUCUUCCUGGGUCAGAAGUUGCUGCCCCCAUUGUGAUCUGGGAGCCCAGGCUGAGCAGCUGCUGCUCCUCGCCCAGGGUCUGUGCUGGGAGUGACCUUAAUUAAAGCUUCCUCUGUGCCCCUCCAAUGUCACAACUUUCUCCAUGUGAUACUAGCUCCCUGUCGACAUCAACUCCUGAGUCUAGGGCUGCCCUGGGGAUUAGUACCGGAUGGAGAAGGUCCUCAGCUGGGCGGAGGCCAGAGGAACUCUAGGCUGCAGAAUAAAGCCCAUGUUUCGCUCCAGAUCAUCCCACCCUCCCAUGGGACAGGGAAGGGAAGUGGUUUCAGUGGAGCCAGUUCAGGGGCUGGUGACCUUCGCAGAGGUGGCUUUGUAUUUCACCAAGGAUGAGUGGGCUCUGCUGGACCCCAUUCAGAGAGCCCUCUACAGAGACGCCAUGCAGGAGAACCAUGAGAACGUGGCCUCGCUAGGGUUUCCAAUUUCUAAACCUGAUGUGAUCUCCCACCUGGAACUAGGGAAAGAGCCAUGCGUUCCAGAUCUUCAGAGCUCAGAGGAAAAAGAGAUCCUAAGAUGUAACUACACAGCAGGCGAUAGGCUAGUGAGGAAGAAUGAGGAGCAGAAGCCUCAGCAGGAAGAUGCUGAGCAAGUGGAACUAUCUGGGGCGUUUUUGCAAAGAUCCAAAGGGAACGUGCCCAGGAGUUCCAAGCAGGGAAAAGCCUGUGAGAGUCAGCACAGGCCAGAAAGGCAGCAGGGCAACCAACCAGGGCAGAAAGUGGGUAAAUCCAUGAAUUGUCAGGAAACUCAUGAGGACCUCAAGGAAACCACAGCCAAGCAGAGAAUCCCCACAAGGGAGAGAAACCAGACAUGCAUGGAGUGUGGGAAAAUCUUCAGUAGUCGUUCAAGCCUUAUUACACAUCAGCAGAUCCACACAGGAGAGCAACCCUAUGAAUGCUGUGAGUGUGGGAAAAACUUCACUCUGCGCUCAACCCUUAUUACACAUCAGAGAAUCCCCACAGGAGAGAGACCUUAUGGAUGCUGUAAGUGCGGGAAAACCUUCAGUCAGCGCUCACAUCUUAUUACUCAUCAGAGAAUCCACACAGAAGACAGGCCCUGUGAGUGCUGUCAGUGUGGGAAAACCUUCACUCGACAUGCACACUCUUAUUAGACAUCAGCAGAUCCACACAGGAGAGAGACCCUAUGAAUGCUGUGAAUGCAGGAAGAACUUCACUAGGAGCUCACAUCUUAUUACACAUCAGAGGAUCCAUGCAGGAGAAAGACCCUAUACAUGCUCUGACUGUGGGAAAAGCUUCCAUCAGAGUUCAGCUCUUAUUUAUCAUCAGAGAAUCCACAAGGGAGAUAAAAACCAUAAAAACUUUGUCUAGAGCUGACAAAAUGAUUUGUUUUUAUAUUUUUGCAGAUUCCCACAUACUGACCUUUAAGCCUAUUUGCACCAUUUGUCAUCAUGGUCUCUCAGGUCCUCCCAGCUGAAAGGCCUACUUUUGCAGCUCACCUUCUUUGGGGUGAAUCCUGUGGUCUUUUCUGUCAACUCCUUUGUCCUAUGACAAUUCUAUAAUCAUAAGACAGCACUGAAUAAUGAAGGUUUGAAUAAAUCAGAGGGGAAUGUGAUGGGAGAAUCUAUUAUUCUGAUUCUGAAUUAUCAAAUGCAACCUUCUCUGGAAUUUCACUUUAUGUGAAACUGAAAGUGUCUUUUAUCUCUUAUGUGAUGUGAGUAUUUCCUCUCUUUCCUGAAGGCCGUUUGGGCAUUAGUUUUGUUUGACAGAAUGUAGCUCAGAUUAUUGGGAACUUUGAGACAAAUGACCAGCUGCUAAAAUACUCAUUUCUCACUUUAUUUUAGCUUUUCCCCCACCCCUCUAUGAUGACAUGGAGAGAGUGCAAAUGCAGUUCAGUAAACGGGAGAGACUUCAAGUUAUUGGACAUGAUAGCAAGGAAACAGAAGUAUUCUUAUAAUGCUCCAGUAUGAAAUGGUGAACAGCAGCACACCCCAAAUUGUGCAACUAACUGAAGUAGCUGCAUAUGAUCACAGUGUUGUUCAAUUGCUUAGGUCAAUAUUGUCUCAGAUAAUCCCUGGAGAGAAUUCCACAGUAAAUGAUUUAGGAUGAGGCAAAAUACCCAUCAUAAAGUUCCCAAAUAGUUGAGACCCAGUACCUACAAGAUCUCUUAACUAAUCUUAUGAUUUGGGACAUGUUGUCCCUAACUAUGUAGAUGUGGAGGAAACAGAAGUGGUGUUUUUGUUGAACUCACCCUUUGUAAUGCAAAUGUGUAUCAUAUUAACUCAGUGUUGAAUGUGACAUAGCUGCAGAAAAAUAAUUACUUUCAAAUUGAACCCCCCUCCUCCCACCCCCUACACCACCAUCUUUGAUAGAUUACGGAGAUUCUGAUUCAGGCCUGUAUCUAGUUCCUAACUUCGAUCUGUGCCAACAGAUUAAAGAAACAAACUUGGCCAUUUGUCACUUACACUACUAAAAUUUGGAAUGGUUUGGUAAAAGAUUCUACUCCAGAGAAGUGUAAAUUUACCCUGACCAAGGCUAAGGAUUUGGCAAAGAACUCAGGUCAAAAUAGCAGGCAACUAGUUGUUGGCGUUCACACCAGAGAAGAAAGCUAUGAUGAAUUAUGGUCCAGGUAAAACAUCCUUCACCAGUCUAGUGACAUUGACUACAGUCUCAAGGGAUGCCAUAGCUCGAUUGGGAACAAUUCUCCUUUACCAUUUGGAUCCAAAGUUUCAAAAGGCAAAGAAAGAAGCAGUUGGUGCCUUCAGAGGACAUGCCUUCCCAUGGAUGCCAAUCUGGCUGCUUUGUUGGAAAUUGAAGACUUUUAUGCUAUUCAAGUGCUGAUAAUCAAUGAGGGAAAUUGAUGUCUCAGCCUCUAGAUCCAGACUGAGUCCGAUUACAUGAAUGCUGACUCCUGAUUCUAUGCUUUUGUUUCUUAGUUUUGCUCUUGUGUCUUAUGCAUUUGCAUCCCUUCUCAUCCACUUCCUGCUACUUUGAAAGAUUCAAAUGUGAGAAAAUAGAACAGAGGUGCUUGUUCUCAUGAUACAAACUUCCCCACAUGGUGUGAGAUCCCCUUCUGAGAACACUCAUGGCAGAAGGCCCAGCGACAAAGAAACUCACAGAAGUGGCAGGCCCCUAUGUUGGGGUAAACUACAGCUUUACACAAGUUUCAGAGUAGCAGCCGUGUUAGUCUGUAUCCGAUGAAGUGAGCUGUAGCUCACGAAAGCUUAUGCUCUAAUAAAUGUGUUAGUCUCUAAGGUGCCACAAGCUUUACACAAGGGUUCACUUAGUGGAAGUAGGGAUUAAAAGAAACCUAAUGUGUAUAAGAGUGUGCAAUCUUUGAACCUAUUGUUACCAAUGGAAAUGAAAUUAAAUAUGAAGUUAAUUAUUGGUUAAUGAGUAAAGAUUAAUUAUAUGAUCAUUGAAAUUAGAUUGGAAAACUGAAAGUUACAGCUUUUUUUUGUUAGUAAUAUAGGAGAUUUGAUGAUUUGACUAAACUGAUUAUUUGAUUCCAGUACAAUCUCAUUAACCCCAAGUGCAGUGAUAGCAUCAGUCAGUCACCAGGGGGAGCCAAAUGGCACGUGAAUGGAGACGAGAAUGAAAGAAAAGUCUUAGUAUUACUUUUUUCCCCUCAAUAUGUUCUAACAAUUUUUUUUUUCCAUCAAAAAAUGCUUCAUGUUCAGGGCCAUCCAAGAGCAGUGCAAAGUUCUCAGGACAAGCUGGAUCUGGAUGAAUUAAAGUGCUGAUGGACAGAGCUGACAAAAGGACAUACAAUAAUUAAGAUGAUGAAAAAUAACCAAGUGUAAUAAUAUUUACAAGGGCUGUCAAGCAAUUAAAAAAAUUAAUCAUGAUUAAUUAAUUGCACAAUUAACCAACAAGAGAAUACCAUUUAUUUAAAUAUUUUUGGAUGUUUUCUAUAUUUUCAAAUAUACUGAUUUCAAUUA